AGAUUGUUUUUUUAGGGUAUGUUGUUUCAGCUGAUGGAAUCGCAGUAGAUGAAGAAAAGGUUAAGGCUAUUAAAAAAUGGCAAACACCUAAAAAUAUUUCUGAGAUGCGGAGUUUUCAUGGUUUGGCAAGUUUCUACCGGAGAUUCAUCAAGGAUUUCAGCACAAUUGCAGCACCGUUGACUGAAAUUGUGAAAAAAAGUGUUGGAUUUAAGUGGGAAAGUGAACAGGAGAAUGCUUUCAAUUUAAUUAAGGAAAAUUUAAUUUCUGCACUGUUACUUGCUUUACCUGAUUUUACUAAAACUUUUGAAAUUGAAUGUGAUGCAUCAGCACUUAACGAUCCUACUUAUGACAAGGAGAUGUAUGCAUUGGUAAGAGCUUUAGAGACAUGGCAGCAUUAUCUUUGGCCUAAGGAGUUCGUGAUACAUACUGAUCAUGAGUCAUUGAAGCACCUGAAGGGACAAGGUAAGUUGAAUAGACGACAUGCUAAGUGGGUGGAAUUCCUUGAGACGUUUCCCCAUGUGAUCAAGUAUAAGCAAGGAAAGGAAAACAUUGUGGCUGAUGCAUUAUCUCGUAGGUACACACUUAUCUCUACCCUAAGUGCAAAGUUAUUAGGUUUUGAGCACAUUAAAGAAUUAUAUGCUAAUGAUCCAGAUUUUGCUAAUGUGUUUAAUGCAUGUGAGAAGAUUGCUUUUGAUAAGUUUUAUAGGCAUGAAGGGUACUUGUUUAGAGAAAAUCGAUUAUGCGUGCCUAACUGUCCCUUAAGAGAAUUGUUAGACGUUGUUCGUUUACAUGGCAUUCCAAGGACUAUUGUUUCUGAUCGCGAUGUCAAGUUCUUAAGUUACUUUUGGAAGACAUUGUGGGGAAAGCUAGGAACUAAGCUACUGUUUUCGACUACUUGUCAUCCACAAACUGAUGAACAAACGGAAGUGAGCAUCCAUUCGGCAACUAACUGUUCACCAUUUGAAGUUGUGUAUGGUUUUAAUCCACUCACUCCUUUAGAUUUAUUGCCUUUACCUAUUGACAAACAAGCUAGUUUGGAUGGGAAAAAGAAAACUGAAGCGGUUAAGCAACUGCAUGAGAGGGUGCGACAAAACACAGAGCGAAGAACUGAGCAAUAUGCAAAACAAGCCAACAAAGGACGCAAGAAAGUUGUAUUUGAACCUGGCGAUUUGGGGUUGGGUGCAUAUGCGCAAUGAGCGAUUCCCUGCACAAAGGCGUUCUAAGCUGCAACCAAGAGGUGAUGGACCAUUUCAAGUGAUUGCAAGGAUUAAUGACAACGCAUAUAAGUUGGAGCUUCCUGGUGAGUAUAAUGUUAGUGCUACUUUUAAUGUUUCUGAUCUUUCUCCUUUUGAUGUAGGUGACAAUUUGAGGACAAAUCCUUUUGAGGAGAGAGGGAAUGAUGGGAAUCAAGACGACAGCAUAUC